AUGUCGCGAUCCGUCGAGCUGGGGCGCGCAGUACUACAUGCACCCGCUGCACAUCACGAGCUUUGGCUCACAACAUUGAUCACCGUCUCACCAAAACAGGACUCACCUUACCUUGCACGGCUCACAUCAGUUCAGUUUCGUGAAGCCCUUGCAUCUGGACUACUAUGGAUUGAUUGUGGACAUGAUAUGCAUAUGAAUUUGGAAUUGACGGUGAACAACGAGGCGCUGCCCCAUAAGCAGCUACAGACCCUCACGAAUGCUAUUCUCCAGGCUCCAGUAUGGCAGCAAUUAAUGUUAAGACCAAGCCUUCCUAACAAAUUCAUAACAAAUUCGGGAACGAUUCGACUCAAUAUCAGCCACGUUGCUAUCGCUAGAAAGGAGGUGGGACAAAAGCAUCACAGGCUGUUCUUAGAUGUCCCAGCUACAGACAUUGGACCACCAGAGGGUGUUCUUUCCGUCUCACUUCAAUCGGUUCGCCUCUGCCUGGACAUUCUCGAGACGGGUCCGCGCCGGAAGCUUGUAGUGCCGCGAUCGAAUUCUUUCUCGGAUGAGCGCAUUAAAGCCGAACAUACGACUUUGAUGCUUUUUGAUAUAGACUCGACUGGAAACGCCUCAAGUCAUGAUGUACCAAAACCUGUUCGGUUUGAUACUAGCAGAAAACGAAAACGCUCUGUCACUAGCAUGCCACUAACGCCUCUGGAAUCUCCCUACCAACACACUGACCGUGGAGAAAGAGAUAUGCUGGUAGAUCUACGUUCCCAAUCACCGCAUAGUCUUUCCUCGAUGAUGAAAUUUCAAGCUGACGUGCGAGCCAUGGUCGAUAGCGCACUACGUCUCUCUAUACGCGGUACAAUCUCCAGAUAUCCAAAUGAGUUAAAAGCCAAAGCCAAUACAUUCCGUAUGGGAUUGGCUGAUGUAGCCCCUGCGUUAUGGAGAAGCGGAUACAUGGAUGCUUUGUCUCAGAGAGCCCAAUUAAUGCCCACAAUUGCUCAAUCACUUGCUCAAACAGGCUUUGCAAAGACGAUGUCCAUCUCCCUGAAGUCCAAGAUGGAGAUCAUCAACAAUGCUGCUUUUGCGGGUGGACGAGAUAAAACCCACGGGCCAGGAUACACCAUUGAGUCUAACACCGCCCGUAUCACGCAACAUGUUGCAACUAAUUUAUGGGUGCAUUCGCAAAAAAGCCUACUUCGUGACUCUACACCGCCGACAUUAGCUUGUAUUGGCUCCCCUUCAGACGAAGUCUGCUCGGACUCGGAUGAUAUGUUAGUGGGGAAAGAUACUGAAUGCAACGAAGGCGCAUGUGCAGUACACGAUGAAGACAUGGCCCUUAACAACUCGAGCGAAAGUACUGAUGAUGGGUGUUUAUUACCUUCCACACCGGAAACAGUGACUACUAACAAUCACCAUGUCCAAAUACAACACGAAGCCUUCACCAAACCCUUCCCAGAUCAUGGUAUUGCCGAGUUGGAAGAAGAGCUAUUGUUUGAUCCACUCUCCUACUAG